AUGCGGGGCGUUAUCCGAUUCCGGGCCGGCGCUCUCCGGGAAACUCGGCACUCAACCUCCGCUUCCACAUCUCCUGCGGCAUGCUUCCUAGACCGCAGCGGUGUUGUCAGGGAUAGCCAUUUACGCCUCCGGGCUCUGGCGGGGGCCGCUUGCAGUUUCCAUUCAAGUUCCCGGGACCGCUCCGAGACGCUCGGCACGGCAGCCAAGCUGCCCGAUGCUGAGCCCGUUGCCCCCGUGCCACCCCAGCAGCGGCGCCUCACCGUCGCCGACGUCCUGGAAAGGCGGGCCAAGGCAGGACGGUUGGUGGCGCCGACGGCGGCGUACAGCGAUGCGGAUAUGUUCAAAGCGCCCACAAUAGGGAAGCCCAAAGCCAAGCGGUGGGACCACCAUCUUAGCCAGGAAUCCCUCCUCCGCGAGCCGUGCAAACUAAAGCAGGCGGCCAAGCACCUCAAGAAGCCCGGCUUGAUCUCUCUAGGCGGCGGGCUGCCCUGCCCAGAGUACUUCCCGAUCGAGUCACUGAGCAUGCGGGUCCCGCGGGCCUCCAACUUCUCCCCAUCCCCGGAGCCGUCCCCGGCAACAGCACUAAACGAGGAGACGGUCCAGAUCGGUAAGUACGACGCGACGCAUCCGCCGCAGCGGAGCGAGUACGACCUGUCGAUCGGGCUCAACUACGGGCAGGCCAACGGGUCGGCGCAGCUGAUGCGCUUCGUGACGGAGCACGUCGAGCUGGUCGGGUUAGCGCCCCCUUACGCCGACUGGCGCACCUGCCUGACGGUGGGGAGCACCUCGGCCCUCGAGACGGCGCUGCGCAUGCUGUGCGACGGCCCCGGGCGGGGGGACGCCCUGCUCACGGAGGAGUACUCGUUCUCGACGGCGCUCGAGACGGCCGCGCCCCUCGGAGUCAAGGUCGUCGGCGUGCCCAUGGACGACCAGGGCCUCCUCCCGGAGGAAAUGGAUCGGAUCCUGCGCAAUUGGCCUAUCGGUACCAGGAGGCCUCAUGUCCUGUACACAGUUCCCUCGGGCCAGAACCCGACGGGCGCGACGCAGGGCGAGGCUCGCAGGCGGGAGAUAUACGAGGUGUGCCGGAAGCACGACGUAUUCAUCAUCGAGGACGAGCCGUACUACUACCUGCAGAUGCAGGCGCCCGGGACGGCGCCGCCGCGGACCGUGGACGAGUUUGUUGACUCGCUGAUUCCCUCGCUGCUCAGCAUGGAUGUGGACGGGAGGGUGCUCCGCAUGGAUUCUUUUUCCAAGGUGGUCGUGCCGGGCGCGAGGCUGGGCUGGGUGACGGCGUCGGAGCAGAUCGUUGAGCGGUACAUCCGGCACGCCGAGGUGGCGAACCAAGGGCCGAGCGGCUUCUCGCAGGUGAUUAUGCAUAAGCUGCUGGACGAGACAUGGGGACAUGAGGGGUACCUGCGAUGGCUCAUGCAUUUGAGGAUGGAGUACACGAAGAGGAGGAACGUCAUCGUGGCGGCGUGCGAGAGGUUCUUGCCGAGGGAGAUUGUGAGCUGGAAUUCACCGCAGGCCGGCAUGUUUCACUGGUUGAAAAUAAACCAUGAGCUACACCCUCACAGCUCGAGCAAGAGCAUUCUGGAGAUAGAAGAGGAGAUCUUCGACAGCUGCCUGGAGAAGGGCGUGCUUGUUGCCCGCGGGUCCUGGUUCCGCGCCGAACAAGACACGGCGCCGAGAGGUCUGUUCUUCAGGGCUACGUUUGCCGCGGCUACGCCCGAAAACAUGACCGAGGCGAUCAGGCGGUUUGGUGAGGCCAUCAGGGAGAGUUACAAGCUGUGA